AUGGGAAAUAAUUGUUGUGCAGGAGGUCCAUAAGGAGACAAAGCAGGCGAAGUUUAUGUAUAUCCUUAAAAUCCGGACCAAUCAAUAGUAAUAGAUGAUAAUUAAAACAUAAACUAACAUACAAGUAAGGCUGAAAAAGUAACUGUAAAAGCAAAUAACGUAAAUACAAAAUCCGUAGAUAAAAUCGAACAAACACAAGAAGAAUAAUAAAAUAAUUAAGAAAUAUAGGAAUAAAAUCAUUAAAAAAAAUAAUGCUUUGAAUCUUAAUUAGUUAAUAAAUAAGAAUAAUAAAAACAUAAAGUUCAAUAAUUAGAAGAGUUAUAAUAAGUUCAUGCACCGAAUCCUAUUAUAGCCAAAAGAAUACCAUAAGUACCUAAUUAUGAUAACAUUGCGACUAAAAAAUCAUAUGAAAAGUGCGGAGAAUUCUAAUUUGAUUAAGAUUUUGAUGAAGAUAAGUCCUUGCCGAUUUUAGGACCAUAUGAAUUUGAAAAUUAAGCUGUUUAUAUAGGAUAAUGGAAAAACGGAUAAAGAAAUGGAAAGGGUAAAUAAUAUUGGUCAGAUGGUUCUUUUUACGAAGGAUAUUGGAGAAAUAAUAUGGCAAAUGGAAAAGGUAGAUUAAUUCAUGCAGAUGGUGAUGUAUAUGAAGGAGAAUGGAAAAACGAUAAAGCACAUGGAAAAGGUUUCUAUGAUCAUACUGAUGGAGCUAGAUAUGAUGGAGAAUGGUAUGAAGAUAAAUAAAAUGGAUAUGGAGUUGAAACUUGGCCUGAUGGAGCUAAGUAUGAUGGACAUUAUGAUGUUGGAAAAAAACAUGGGCUGGGUACUUUUUUCUGGGCUGAUGGAUCUAAAUAUACAGGAUAGUUUAUUAAUAAUAAUAUACAUGGAUAGGGCACUUAUGAAUGGGCAGAUGGAAGAAAAUAUGAUGGUGAGUGGAAUAAUAAUAAAAUGGAUGGUAAAGGAAAAUUCUAAUGGGCUGACGGUAGAAAAUAUGAUGGUGAAUAUUUAGAUGAUAAAAAGCAUGGUUAUGGUAUUUUUGAAUGGCCUGAUGGAAGAAAAUAUUAAGGAAAUUGGGAAAAUGGCAAAUAACAUGGAAUUGGAGUGUAUAUAGGUUCUAAUGGAUAAGAAAGAGAAGGUGAAUGGGUUAAUGGAAAAAGAGUUAAAUGGUCUAAAAAAAGGGGCGAUGAAGAUUAAGAAUGA